AUGCCGUCCUCACCUCCUUCGUCUAGACCGUCGCUUUCGUCGCAGGCGCCACCCUUCUCUUCCGACACCCUUUCCCCUGGCGUCGGGCCUUCCGUCUCUUCGACGUUCCUGCGCGACCCACGGUCCUCGUCACAAGCAUCUUUGCAUCCGACAGCAUCCGCGACCCGACACGGCGGUCGCAGAACGCUAUUGCUCGUCUACAUUCACGGCUUCAUGGGGAACGAAACAUCUUUCCAGUCCUUCCCCGCGCACUUGCACAAUCUCCUGACCGUCACGCUUGGCGACGGCGAAGAUGCGUACUUGGUCCACACGAAGGUAUAUCCAAAAUUCAAGACGCGGCACGCAAUCAAAGUUGCGACCCUUGAGUUUUCAAAGUGGCUGAGCGAGUUCGAGUCGGAAACGACCGAUAUCGUGCUCUUAGGACACUCGAUGGGCGGUAUUCUCGGCGCGGAAUUAACCCUACUUCCGUCCUUCUACUCGCCGGGCAUUCGACUGCAUACCGGGAUCCUCGGAAUGAUCGCGUUCGAUACACCGUUCCUCGGCAUGCACCCUGGAAUCAUUUCCUCUGGUCUCGCAUCGCUUUUCCGGCCAGCACCCCCGCCGGCCCUCUCGCCUGAACAGCAGACUCCGGAAGAGGAACUGGAUCCAUUCUUCGCUCAGCGGCCACAGAGAAACUUCACGGUUGUGCCAUCUCCGAAGCCUCCCAGUACAUGGGUUUCGACACUACAGUUUAUCUCGAAACACCACGAACAUCUCACACAAGCUACCGGGAAGUAUCUGAUGAGCCACUUGGAAUUCGGCGCUUGUCUUGCCGAUCCCAUGGGACUUAAGACCCGAUACUCACAGAUUCGCAGCUUGGAAGAUGGACAGCAAACGGAAGAUGGGAAAAUUGAUAGGGUACGGUUUGCGAAUUACUACACCAUCAGCUAUGGGCGUGAGAAAGGAGUUGUCGUUCCACCGCCUGUGCCCGCCGACAUGGCAGACGAAAUAGUUGGAGGCAGCGGAGGCAGUUACGCUAUUGGAAGUGCACUUGAGGCCGCGCAUACAAGGACACCAAGUGGAUCGUCAACGCAUUCGAAGACUCCACAGAGCGGAAUGUCAACGCCAGCAAUGCAACUUCAAGAUUUAGAGCCCGAACCCAUGAGCCGGGGCAGCAGUGCUUCCGAACAUCCGCCCUCCGGUCAUCUGCCCCCCGAUCAUCCUCCCCCACCUCCUCCAUUGGCUACGCAAAUGCUCCUUCCAGAACCGGAACUCUCUCAGCCCGCUGUUGAAAUAGUUCCACCGACGCCGGUAUCGCCAAUAACGUCGUUGGGUGACGUAGAGGCACUCUUUCCUCCCAUCUCUGCUCCACCAACUGCGCCGACGCUGCAAGCGAUCCUAGAAUCGACGGAAAAACAUCUACGAAAGGCACUAGAAAAGGAAAACAAACGCCAAGCGGUGGAGUAUGAGCGGCAGAUGAAAGAGUACGGCAAACUUGUGAAGGCCAGGGAAAAGGCGAUCGAAAAGGUUUAUCAUGACCGAGAGAAGGAGAGGAAGAAGAAGGAAAAAGAGAAGGAAAAAGAGAGGGAGAAAGAAAAAGGGCGGGCGGAUGAGGAGGAGAGAGACCGACAGAAGCAUAAGUUGGCGGAACCCCAGAAAGCACUGCAGGAGGAAGAGAUGAAAAGACUCAACCAGGAGAAGACCGAUGAAAUGUUGGAGCGCCAGAAACAACGUCAGGAGCAAAAGGAGAAGGAGAAGGAGCAACAGAAGCUCGAAAAAGAGAAAGCGAAAAAGGAAAAGCCUCCAAGGAAACGUAAGUUUUGCAUAAUCCCGUCACAGCCCGACGAGGCAUGGACGCCGGUAGAAAUGAAGGGGGUGGAUGAGGUCGGAGCGCAUUGCGGUCUGUUCUUUGUCGGAGAGGUUUAUGCGAAGCUGGUUGGUGAUGUGGCAGAUAGGAUAGAGGGAUGGGUUAACGAUGAACGAACGAGGAGAUUGGUGGAGCAGAGCGGCGAUGAUUAUAAUAGUUGGGAGAACCGUAGGCCUUCCACCGAGAAGAGGGCGUACUGA